AUGAAGGUCACUCAGACUACUGCGGCGCUCUUCGCCGCCGGCGCCACCGCCGCGCCUUCGGCCAAAAUCCAAUCCCGGGCUGCCUGCUCGUCGGCGGUCACGCUCGAUGCCACCACCAACGUGUGGGACUCGUACACGCUGCACCCGAACAGCUUCUACCGCGCUGAGGUCACCGCGGCCGUCGCGAACCUGAGCGACGCCAGCUUGUCGACGGCCGCCGCCAAGGUCGCCGACGUCGGUAGCUUCCUGUGGCUUGACUCCAUCGCGAACAUCGCCAAGUUCGAUGACGCCGUUGCCGACCUCCCUUGCGAGAACAUCCUCGGUCUCGUCAUCUACGACUUGCCCGGCCGUGACUGCGCCGCCAAGGCCUCGAACGGUGAGCUGGCGGCUACCGACAUCGCCAAGUACAAGACCUCGUACAUUGACCCCAUUGUCGCCAAGAUCAAGGCCAACCCCAACUCGGCCUUCGCGCUCCUGAUCGAGCCCGACUCCCUGCCCAACCUGGUCACCAACAGCGACCUGGCAACCUGCCAGGCCGCCGCAUCGGCCUACGAGACGGGUGUCGCGUACGCCCUGACCAACCUCAACCUCCCCAACGUCGUCAUGUACGUCGACGCUGGCCACGGAGGCUGGCUCGGCUGGGACGCCAACCUCGCGCCCGGCGCCGCUGAGCUCGCCAAGGUCUACAAGGCCGCCGGCAGCCCCGCGCAGGUCCGUGGCUUCGCCACCAACAUUGCCGGCUGGAACUCAUUUGACCAGACCCCCGGCGAGUUCUCCGGCACCUCGGACGCGCAGUACAACUCGUGCCAGAACGAGAAGACGUACAUCUCGAAAUUCUCCGCUGCGCUCAGCAGCGCGGGUUUCCCGACGCACGCCAUCACCGACACGGGCCGCAACGCCGUCACGGGCCUGCGCCUCGAGUGGGGUGACUGGUGCAACGUCAACGGCGCCGGGUUCGGCGUGCGACCGACGAGCGACACGGGCGACGAGUUGACCGACGCCUUCGUCUGGGGCAAGCCCGGCGGCGAGUCCGACGGUACUUCCGACACCACCGCCACGCGCUACGACUCGUUCUGCGGCAAGGACGACGCCUACAAGCCCUCGCCCGAGGCCGGCGCCUGGAACCAGCCCUACUUCGAGAUGCUGCUCAAGAACGCCAACCCGGCCUUCUAG